UUAUCCCUAAAUAUUACUAAGUAGUAUUCUAUUGCUCUAUUUUUAAUUUGGAGAAGCAAAUUAAAUAAUGAUUUGAUAUGGUGCAGAGAGUGGUUGUUACUUGUUAUUGGGCUUAGCUAUAAUUCUAUAAAGUGUGCAUGAAGCUAGAGAAAACUUCAAGGACAACUUCAAUCAUCACUUGUGCUAUGGCCUCCAUAGACUAUUUUGAAAUUUUUGUGGCAUUUUUUUGCCUUGUAAUUUGGAUAAUUUUGCGAGACGGAUAUAGGCGACCAUUAAAGGUGCCAUUGUUUGGGAUGUUACCAAGCCUUUUCUUGCAUGUUCGCAAGAUUCACGACCGGUGUGCGGCGGUUUUGUCGCUGCAUGGCGGCACUUUCUUGCUCAAAGGCCCAUGGUUUACCAACCUGGACAUUCUUAUCACGGUGGAUCCUGCAAAUGUUCACUAUAUAAUGUCUGGAAAUUUUGAGAAUUUCCCAAAGGGGAAAGAGUUCAAGAAGAUCUUUGAUGUGUUGGGUGAUGGGAUUUUCAAUUCGGAUCUGGAUCUGUGGAAGAACCAGAGAAAGCUUGCCAGGGCUUUGAUCAUUCACCAGAGGUUUCACAGGUAUUUGGUGAGGACAAGCUGGAAUAAGGUGGAGAAAGGGCUGAUCCCGGUUCUUGAAUUCGCGGCGGGGGAGCGCGGCGGCGUUGUGGAUUUGCAGGAUGUUUUCCAGCGGUUUACGUUUGACACGACAUGCACGCUUGUUACGGGCUACGACCCAGGAUGUCUGUCCGUGGAUUUCCCCGACGUUCCGUUCUCGAAAGCCAUGGAUGACGCCGAGGAAGUUCUGUUCAUCCGGCAUUUGCUCCCGGAGAGCCUCUGGAAACUUCAGCAGUGGCUGGGAAUCGGGCCGGAGAAAAAAUUGAGCCGAGCUUGCGAGAUUCUCGACCAAGUUAUCGGCAAGUACAUAACAAUGAAACGCCAGGAACUAAUCCUGACCUACAAAAACCAAAAUCCCGAUAAUGAUAUAAACGACGAAAACGGAUUCGAUCUUUUAACGUCGUACAUUAACAACAACGACGGCGAAACAACGAUGGGGCUAAAAUUCGACGACAAGUUCCUAAGAGACACGAUUCUGAAUCUCAUGAUCGCCGGCCGCGACACCACCAGCUCCGCCCUUACAUGGUUCAUCUGGCUGGUUUCAACCCACCCGGAGGUGGAGAAAAACAUAAGAGACGAACUUUUGACCGCCGUGAACUCCGGUGAAGACCCCAAGAAAUUCCGGCUUUUCAAAGCAGAAGAGCUGAAAAACCUCGUCUAUCUCCACGCCGCCCUCUGCGAAUCCUUAAGGCUAUACCCACCGGUCCCAUUCCAACACAAAUCGCCGCUCCAGACAGAUAUUCUCCCCAGCGGACACAAAGUGAGUCCCGAUACGAGGUUAAUGUUUUCCUUGUACGCCAUGGGGAGAAUGCAGUUUAUAUGGGGGAAAGACGCGAAGGAGUUCAAGCCGGAGAGAUGGAUUAAUUGGGAGCGUGGCGCCGUGAAACAUGAGCCGUCGUACAAGUUCUUGGCGUUCAACGCCGGGCCGAGGACUUGUCUGGGCAAAGAAGUGGCGUUUACCCAGAUGAAGGCCGUGGCGGCCGCCAUUAUCCAUAACUAUCAUGUUCGCGCCGUCAAAAACCAUGAUGCUUCUCCUAAUGUCUCCAUAAUUCUCUACAUGAAACAUGGUCUCAAGGUUCGUGUCCAAAGAAGAUGGACUUGAUCCCGCCCAUUUCUUGUUCUUAAUAAUCUAAGAUAUGAUGUCUCCGUACGAGGUGUGUAAUUUGCUUAGCUUGAAUUUGUUUGAAGUUGUGCCGCGUGCAUGAACAGUUUCAGAACACUACUAAAACUGAAACGAACUGUGUAUUCCUGUAAUAACAACAAAGAAAAUGUUAUGUGUAUUCUCAUUUUUUACUCUUA